CAACCCCCAUCCCAUCCUGCCUUCAUAUCCAUCUCCCCAAAGCUUAACUAGCUAGCUACACCAUAAAUGGCAACUCCCCAAUCCCGCAAUGACCAGCCCAAGCUCUCCUACCAGGUGGCCAAGACCGCCACCGCAGCCACCGUGGGUGGCUCUCUCAUGCUCCUCUCCGGCCUCACCCUCGUCGCCACCAUCGUCGGCCUCGUCAUCGCCACCCCGCUCCUCGUCAUCUUCAGCCCCGUUCUCCUCCCCGCUCUCCUCGCCGCUCUCUUGAUCCUCACCGGCUUCCUCGCCUCCGGUGCUUUCGGUGCUACUUCCUCUUUCAUCUUCUACUGGAGCUAUAGGUACAUAACAGGGAAGCACCCGAUCGGAGCGGACAAGAUCGACUAUGCGAAGGACAAGCUGGCGAAUGCGGCGUACGGAAUCAAAGAGAAGGCGGAGCAGCUCGGGAACAAGGCGCAGCAGCAGAUCAAGGGCACUGUCCAGGACAGUGCUUGAAAGAAGAACAGAAUGGAGUGGAUCUGAAUAAUAUGCUAUAUAUAUAUAUAUAUAUAAAAGCUAGUAUAAAGCCAUACAUAUACAUAUAGAUAUAUAUGGCAUAGUAAUAUAAUAGGUAGCAAGAAUUGGCCAUGCAUCAUCUAUCUAUCAUCCAUCCAUCCAUCCAUCAGUGUUUGACCGAGUGGUCGGUGUUUUAUGUAGGUUAUCAUCAUAUGUAGCUAAAUUGGGUUUGAUGGUGGGGUCGAGACCGUCAACAUGCAGUAGUGGCUAUAUAUACCAUUUAUCAUUUAUCUAUGUACCGACCAAUAAUAUAUAAAUGGCCAAUUCUGGUAGUUGUAAUAAAUAAAUAUAAUGUGUUCAAUUCAACUGUUCUCCUUCAUAUAUGCA